GGGGACUCAGUCCACCCGGUGCCAAGUUGCAGCCACCAAGCGCAGCCUCUCGUCCACACUUUAGCGGGCAGACGAAGCAGAGAGAGUGGGAGCCGGGCGUCCAAAGCCAUCGCCGCUGCUGAGACUUGGAGAGAGGUGGAGGAGACAGGGUGUCCAUUACACCACUUCUUCAGUAAAGUUUAUUCUGCAAGAACAAGCUUCCCUGCAGCAGCCAGCAACAUAUUUAUUAUCUCUGGACUGCAGACUGACAACAGUGCCCGGGGCUUUUGCUGCCGUGCCAAUUGGAACUGUGGCUGUGCUCCCGACGAGGUUCCCACCGGAGUGAAAGAAUGAAGCCGAGAGACAGCCGAUUCUGCCGUGCCCUCGCGAUUGUGACACUCUUUCUGGGACUUGGCACGGCAAGUCAAUCAGAUUCUUCGCCCUCGUUGCCCAGGCCCCGCCUACCAAAGGGACAGGAGGUUCACAGGAGGGUGAAGAGGGGCUGGGUGUGGAAUCAGUUCUUUGUGCUGGAGGAGUAUACAGGCACCGACCCGUUAUACGUGGGGAAGCUUCACUCUGAUGUUGACCGGGGAGAUGGUUCCAUCAAGUAUGUGCUUUCAGGAGAAGGAGCAGGUUCCAUCUUCAUCAUUGAUGAGAGCACCGGGGAUAUCCACGCCACCAAACGACUGGAUCGUGAGGAACAAGCCUACUACGCACUGCGGGCACAAGCUGUCGACCGCCUGACUAAUAAACCCGUCGAACCCUUGUCAGAGUUUAUCGUCAAGAUUCAAGACAUCAAUGACAAUGAGCCACGGUUUCUGGAUGGACCAUAUUUGACUAGCAUCCCUGAAAUGUCUCCUGUGGGAACUUCAGUGAUCCAAGUGACAGCCACCGAUGCCGAUGAUCCAACCUAUGGAAGCAGUGCCAGGGUGGUCUACAGCAUCCUCCAGGGACAGCCAUACUUCUCUGUGGAGCCAAAGACAGGAAUCAUCAAAACAGCUCUCCCGAACAUGGACAGAGAGGCUAAGGACCGCUACCUGUUGGUUAUCCAGGCUAAAGAUAUGGUUGGACAGAUGGGAGGCUUAUCUGGAACAACAUCAAUCACUGUUACUCUCAGUGAUGUCAAUGACAAUCCACCGCGCUUCUCUCGCCGAUUUUAUCAAUACAACGUGCCUGAGUCUUUACCUGUGGCUUCCACUGUUGCUAAAAUAAAAGCUCUCGAUGAUGACAUUGGCCCAAACGCUGAGAUGGAAUAUCGAAUCAUUGAUGGCGAUGGUCUCUCCGUCCUUCAGAUCUCCACCGACAAGGAGACUCAGGAGGGGAUCAUUACUCUUCAGAAGGAACUGGAUUUUGAAAAAAAGUCCAGCUACAGCCUGAAGAUUGAGGUCACCAAUACAAAUGUCGACUCGCAGUUCGAGGCGCUGGGACCCUUUACCGAUACAGCGACGGUGAAACUCGUGGUGGAGGAUGUGGAUGAGGCUCCCGUGUUCAAUUCGCCACUUUAUAAGAUGUCGGUGUCCGAGGCAGCAAGGGUGGGCACGGCCAUUGGCACUGUCUCAGCCCAUGAUCCGGACAUGGCAAACAAUCCCGUCAGGUAUUCCAUAGAUCGCAACACGGACUUGGAACGAUAUUUUAACAUCGAUGCUAACACAGGAGUCAUUACAAUUGCUAAAUCACUGGACAGAGAGACCAAUGAGGAACACAACAUUACAGUGUUGGCAAUGGAGAGUCAGAAUCCUGCACACGUUGGAAGGGGAUCUGUUCUCAUUAGCUUGGUGGAUGUCAAUGACAACGUCCCUGAAUUUCCAAUGGAAUACGAAACAUUUGUUUGUGAAAAUACCAACCAUGGCAAGAUAAUACAGAAGAUCAGUGCUGUGGACAGGGAUAAACCACCCAGUGGACACCACUUUUACUUCUCCCUUGCUCCUGGGGCUGGUAAUAACCUUAACUUCACGGUGCAAGAUAACAGAGAUAACACCGCUGUGAUCCUGACGAGGAGAGAUGGUUUCAGCCGGCAUGAGCAGGCUGUCUACUUCCUGCCCAUCGUGAUUGUGGACAAUGGAGCUCCAGCUCUGAGCAGCACCAACACCCUCACCGUGCGAGUCUGCAGUUGCGAUGACGAAGGCGUGGCCCAUUCAUGCAAUGCUGAAGCCUUUGCCCUUCCUGCUGGGCUCAGCACUGGAGCUCUCAUUGCUAUACUGGCCUGUGUGCUGACUCUACUGGUUCUUGUUCUGCUUAUUGUGACUCUGCGCCGGCGUAAGAAGGAGUCAUUGGUAUUCGAUGAGGAGAAAGACAUCAGGGAGAAUAUCGUCCGCUACGACGACGAAGGUGGGGGUGAGGAGGACACGGAGGCUUUCGACAUGGCCGCUCUGAGGAACCUCAACUUCAUCCAGGAGGUGAAGACCCGACGGGACGUGACGCCGGAAAUCCAGCUUUUUUCGAAAACAUCCCACAAGAUGUCCCCUGAGAACAUCAUCUUCGGGGAGUUUAUCUGGGAGAGGAUGAAAAACGCAGACACCGACCCCAGCGCCCCUCCGUACGACUCGCUACAGACGUACGCUUUCGAGGGGAAUGGCUCGGUGGCAGAGUCACUGAGCUCCUUAGAGUCCAUUAGUUCAGCGUCAGACCAGAACUAUGAUUACCUCAGCGACUGGGGACCGCGGUUCAAAAAGCUGGCUGACAUGUACGGCAGUCCGAAGCACAAUGUAAACUCUUAAUCACGCUGCUCAAACAAAUGCACUGAGUUUGCUUUCGUGUCAGUUGCAGGACAGUGUCGGAGAAACAAGAAAAAGUAACAGGGAACCAUUUUUUUUAAAAGUUUUGCUUUGCCUCUUUUUUAGGUGGUAUCAUCUGAAUUCCCAUGGAAAACAUUUAAAGCAACCAGAUCGUGAGCAAUGUUCGACAUUUCUUGAUAUGAAAGUGUAGAGUAGCCACAGUGCUGGGUUGCAAACAUUAUCUCUUCUGAUUUGUACAGGAGAGUUUAUCUUUUUUGAUUUGUUAGGCGUUGAUAUAUUUAUAUUAACGAUCCGAACCCUCCCCUUACAUAUUCCAGUCUUGGCACUGGUUCACUGUAGGCAUGGGAUUAGGUCGGAUAACUCUUUUCUUGGCUAGAAGAGGCAUGAGGGGACAAAUGGCCUCCUUCUGUGCCAUAAGUUUCUAUGAUUCUAUGGGAAUAAAUGCUGAUUUUUUUUCCUCAACUCCGGAAUGUAUGGAUGAAAUAAAGCAUGAAGGAAUCUAAUUAUAGUAAAUUAACGGAACAUUUUUCAUCUCCAUUAGACACUUAAGAGUUACAAGGAAUUGUUUUUUACUGGGCUGUUAUGCUUGGUGGACUGUUUGGCCAACAAAGAGAAGAAUAACACAAAUUGUUUCUAAAUGUCAGAGUUGGAAACCUCAUCGUAUGUCAUAAUCUGUGGGAAAAAAAAUUCCGGUGCAGUUUUGUAGACAAUCAUUACUUCAUG